AUGGAAAUGAAGACCACGACUAUUGCAAGUGUUUUGAUCUCUGUUCUAGUUGUGUGCAGCUUUUCUUGUGCAGCAGAGCUACUACGACGAUUCCAGCACGCACCCAAAGCCGAUGGAUCUCUUAGCUUUUUGGUUCUUGGAGAUUGGGGAAGAAGAGGAGCCUUCAAUCAAUCUCAAGUUGCUCUUCAGAUGGGAAUAAUUGCAGAGAAGUUGGAUAUUGAUUUUGUAAUAUCCACGGGGGAUAAUUUUUACGAUAAUGGAUUGACGGGCAUCGACGAUCCAAAUUUCGAAGACUCAUUUACCAAAAUCUACACAGCACCAAGCCUGCAAAAGCAAUGGUACAAUGUUCUGGGUAAUCAUGAUUAUAGAGGUGAUGUUGAAGCACAACUGAGUCCUGUUCUCAGAGAAUUGGAUGCCAAAUGGCUUUGCUUGAGAUCCUUCAUAGUUGAUACCGAAAUUGCAGAGCUUUUCUUUGUGGAUACAACUCCCUUUGUUGAUAAAUAUUUCACUCAUCCAGAGGACGCUGUCUAUGACUGGAGUGGCAUAUUACCCCGAAAUGAUUACUUAUCAAAUCUCCUCAACGAUUUGGAUUCAGCAUUAAAAGAAUCUACUGCAAAGUGGAAGAUCGUGAUUGGCCACCACACGAUUAGAAGCGCUGGAUAUCAUGGUGAAACAAAGGAGCUUGUAACACAGCUUCUCCCAAUUCUUCUGGAGAACAAUGUUGAUCUUUACAUGAAUGGGCACGACCAUUGCUUAGAACAUAUAAGUAGUCCCGACAGCCCACUUCAGUUUGUAACAAGUGGUGGCGGGUCAAAGGCAUGGAAGGGUGAAGUUAGCCUGUACAAUCCAAGCGAAAUGAAGUUGUAUUACGAUGGGCAGGGUUUCAUGUCAGUGCAAAUCACUGAAAGCCAAGUGGAUAUUGCAUUCUAUGAUAUUUUUGGCAAUGUCUUGCAUAAAUGGGCCACGUCAAACCAGCGUUACCCUACCAUCACCAUGUAA